UCAUGAAGAUUGGAAAGAGCUUACCUGUCUUAAUAAGGUUUAUAUAAAGGAUUGAGAUGUUCCCUAAUUUUGUUUCUUCCUGGAAAUCACCAUCUUCGACCCAAACAUUCCAAGAUCACCACCAUCUCGUCCUCUGAUCAGACACAAUCUUGACCAGAAGCCUUCCACAGAUUCCCAAAAUGUUCCUCCCGAAGGUUCUUCUUGCCCUCUCAGCAUUCGGCCUUGUGGCUGCCAACACCAUCACCUUCGUCUCCCUUGACGAAAAUGCUCGAACGAUUUACUCAAAGCACACAGUCAAGUGUGAGGGUGGCGACCACGGGUACUGCAACGACCUCAGCCUGAAGGACAUCCCCCCAGUAAAUGUCCCUGGAUUCGCCCAGGUCGACGUCCAACUUCCCAUUGGCUGGGAAGGCAAUUUCUACUCUGUCCCGGCCGGCACCCCUGAUCGAACGGGUAUCCUUGCCGAGAUCAGAUCGCAGGGUUUUGAGAACGGGAGCUUCUUCGAUGUCUCUGCCAUCGACAAUCCCAACGACCACAUCGGAGUCAAGCAAUUCUGGCCCGCUGACGACCCUAACGCCGAGGUCAGCGGCUGCAUCAAGUUCCCCUGCCCCUACACUUAUUAUCACCCUGACGACAAGCAGACCAAACCGGCUACCUGGAGCGAGAAAUUUUACUGCACCCUUGGGAACGCUGAUCUGUCGAACCGACCGCACCUGGCAAAGUGGCACAAGGUGUAUAACCCCGAGACGAAUAAGUGGGAUGCUCUCUCCGUAACCAAUCCGGCCGUCAGUCUUAUUGCUGUCGCCGAACUGCCCGCUGCUACUCGUGGUACUACCGUCGAGUCUCCUACCACCACUCACACUGCCGUUACCGACGAGACAGACGCCACCGACGAAACGGAUGCCGCCGACGAGACCGACAUCGCCAACGAGACAGCAUUCUCCCAUCGGACUCUUGUGACUCUUGUCACCUCGGUCAAGAAACACACGGCAACUCCCACCCUCCCAUCCUCUCUCCUAGAUUAGGACAGUACGGGAGGCUUGGAUAAGG